AUGGACACUCCAGGCACUCCUCGUUAUGCAAUGGGUACAAAGUCUUCUGAACGCCGAACAAGUCCCAUCCGCAAGUCACAACCCGAACGUCCAGGAACUCCGAACCGUAACAGGCCUAGAACACCCACCCUUGGCUUCCGUCCUACUACGCCAACUCUAGGCCGCAGAGGCUCCAAUGCUUCGUUCCGUCGAGGAUCAGAUGCCGCCCCCAUGAGACCCGUUACUCCCGCAGCGACCUCCCAUCCGGAAGGGGACCCCGUAAAAGGCGGCUCUGUUAUACCGGAAACACCUGGAAGUCCGGAGACGCCAGCCCAGAUCUUGGCUGCUAUCCCUGAGAGUCCUCUAGUCAUGCCGUCACCUCGCUCACGACAAGUUUCUCGCGUUGGUGUCACUCCUCGCUCUCGUCAAGUUUCAAAGACCGAUGUUCCAGCUCCUCGUUCGCGACAGGUCUCGCAGACUCUUGAGGCUCCUAAGAUUGAACGAAUUCCAGAUAUUGUCCAAGCCCCCAAGACCAAAGCCACUCCCUCUCUCGCCAAAAUUCCUCUCAUCCGAGCAUCUCCAUCAGUGGUUCGUGCACCCAAAGUACGAUCUAUACUUUCAACCGCAAAUGCUCCCAAGAUUCGAUCGAUCCCAAGCCUAGCUAUCAUUCCCUCUGUCGCAAAGAGUCCUCGAGUUGCGAAUGUCCCUAAAAUUGCACCUGUUCCUACAACUGGACCUGUUCCUGUCACAACUCCUGCCCCAGGAGUUGCUCGCCAACCUCUUCUCGCUCCUAUUCCCUCGGAGGCUCCCUUCCCAAUCAUUGCUCUGGCCCCUAUCAUAGCUAGAGUGUUGGUUUUUGUUCUUAUGCCAUUUGUUGCGGAUGCCCCCAAGACUGCUCGACUACCUUCAACCAACUACGCUCCCCGAUCUAUGGUCGUUUCAAAAGCAUCAAAACCCUCUAGGGCCCUGCCCCAAACUACACGAAUUUCACUUAUCCAAGCAUAG